AUGAGAUCUAUUCUUGGGGAAACUGAGGAAGAGCUGGCCCAAGCAGUGAAGUGUCUGGAUGCUGCCCUGAAAGAGAGCCAGAAGCUGAGCGGGGACCUGGAGGCUUUGGAGGACAGGAAGAGCAACAAGAUGGAGCUGCUACAGAAGUCUCUAGAUAAAACUGAAGAAAACAAGAAGAAAUUGGCCAUGAGCCUGGGUCAAGUGCUCCAAACCAGUGGCCAUGACAUCCAAGAAGAAUUGGAAAAGUGAAGAGAUUGAGCGGCAGAGGCUGGAAGCCUUCAAGUAAGGGCAGUCUAUUCACAGUGAAAUUGGGAGGGCUUCUGGAGGAGGAAGUGGCUCCUUCUGAGGGGCUAGAGAAGCCCUUCCU